UCCACAUGACCUUCCAAAUCUGAACUCAGAGUUUUCUUUCAUUUCUCUGCACCGUUCUUCCUGGAUUGUCUAUCCAUCAAUGCAUUUAGAGUUACACACCCAGUCGUCACUAUGAACUGGAAGGCAGCAUCAGGAUACUGCUGGGUGCUUUUCUUUUUCUUCCCCAUUGCAGCCAAAGAAAACCUGGGAACACCUUCUUUCCAGCCAGGAAUUCUAUAUCAGUACAAAUACACACUGGACAGCCAGCUAAGUCCCUUGUCGAGGCCAUCUUUACAAGGAAGCAAGAUGCGAGCAGAAGCUUUGGUGGAUGUGCACCUCUUGUGGACGCUUCCAAACGAUGGAGGCCAACAGCUUCUCCAAGUCCAGAUUCAUGAUUUACAAGUCCAUGAUAACCUGGGAGAGAAGAGCCAGAAUGCUACCAAGGCCCAAUCUGCCAAAGCUACAAUGACGACUAAAGAACUCCAGCAGCCAGUAUUCCUUCACUUGAAUAACGGAAAGGUUGAAGGCAUCUAUAUAGACAAAGCUGGAAGUCCCUUGACUAUGGAAGUGAGGCGAGGCCUUAUCAGCCUCUUCCAGUUGCAGACACACUCUGGGACAGUGACUGAGGAGGAUAUUUCUGGGAGCUGUAAAGUUACAUACACAAUCUCUGAGGAUUCUGUUCUGAAGACAAAAGACCUGCAUAGCUGCACAAGAGCAACAUUUGGAUUCCAUUCCAUCAACAAAAUUUUUGGAGUCCUGUGGCAACCCACAAGUAAAACCCAUUACUCUGUGGAAGGAAGUCUCAUCAAGACUGCAUUGUCUGAGGAAAGUCACACCAUCUCGCUCACCCUGAAGUCUGCUGUUGGAGUUAACAUCACCUCUAGGCAACAUCUUGAACUUGUGACUCAAAAGCCUGGAUCAAAAGAAUUACCUGGGAAGAGUCUUCAGGAUGCUCUUGCGGCUGUGCUGGAAAAACCUCAGCUCAUUCAUAUAGCUAGUGAACCCACCAAGAGGAUAUGUACCACAUGCCCAAAACUCAGAACCUAUUUGAAAACAGAUUCUAAAAAGAAACGUAAAAUGGACCUCUCCAAGGCAUCAACAACUUGGCAUUUUUGCAAGUUGGUCCAGAUGCUGCGUAAUGCCAAGAAGAGGGAUAUCCUACUGCUCUUGAAGGAAGCCCCAGAGAGCAUGGUCUCCUUCUACAUUGAAGCUGCAGUAGCUGCCCAGUCAACAGCCUCCUUGACAGCACUAGCUGAAUUUCUGGAUUUUGGGAACAAAAAGCAAACACCUUUGCUGGAGAAGUUUCUCUACGCUGCUGCUUUCUCCCCACGGCCUUCAAAGGAACUUUUGCGUUUGGUGCUAGAUAAGCUAAAUGAGAAGAAACUAGACACAGCUGUUUGGGAAACAGGAGUGAUUGUUACUGGCAGUCUGAUUGGCAAGUUGUGUCAGAUGAAACUGUGUGGUUUGCAGGAAGUAAAACUUAGAAUAGAGACUCUGGUGCAGGAGCUCAAAACCACCAGCAAGGACUCUGAGAAGGUGAUCUAUCUGCUGUCUCUGAAGAGUGCUCUGCUCUCAUCAUCCAUCCCUACCCUCCUGCAUUAUGCAGAGGAGGGCUCUGCAGCCACCUCGGCCACAGCACUCUCCGCACUACAGAGGUACUCCAGACAGCAUAUCUCAAACACGGUUAAAAUGACAAUGAAGCGCAUUUUCCAUGAAGUACGGAGAUCUUAUCCAAAAAUUUCAAGGCUGGCUGCUGCAGAAAUUCUGUUGGACAAUGAUCCCUCACCAAUGGACUUCACCAAUAUCCUGUUAGCCACCAGAGAAAUUGAACCAGAAAUGUCAAGAUUUUUACUGUCAAAAAUGCAAGGCAUACUACACUCCCAUCAUCAUCCAACCAGGCAGCUUAUCAAAGAUGUGCUGAAAGAUCCACAGAUAAAUAAUUACUAUUUCCUCUCAGCUGAUCUUGGCGGCUCCAUCUCUUUCUCCAGACCACUGGCAGUCACUAGUGACACACUCUCUACCUUUGGUCUGGAGUUGCUCUUCUCUGACUUUGGUCUGCUAAGAAAGAGCGUCACUAGUUUCAAUAUCCUUAGUCAUGGCCACCAACUCCAAGCAGCUCAGGUAGCCAUUGAAGCAAAAGGCUUUGAAGGUCUUAUGGGAGGAGGUAGCCUAGCCGAUGAAGAAGAAGAAUUUAUGGCGGGCAUGUCUGCUGUCUUGCUAGAUGUCCAGUUGCGACCAGUUGCAUUCUUUGAAGGAUAUACAGACCUUAUGUCAAAGUUCUUUAUGAGCUCAGGGGAACCUACAAGUGUGGUCAAAGGGAAUGUGUUACUGAUGGAUCAUCAACAGGCAAUCCCACUUCAGUCUGGUUUGCAAACAGUGAUUACUCUUCAAGGAGGACUUGGAUUGGAUGUUUCAGCUGACAUCAAUGUGAAUAUGUGGGAGCAAGAACUAAAAACAGGCAUUAAAACAAGAGGUGCCCUGACCAUUGAUUUCCAAGCAGAAUUGGAUGCUCCAUUCUUUCAAGCCACUGUGACAAGUCAAACAGGGGCAGAAAUGGCCACCAAUUUUAAUACUGCUGCAAAACUUUCUGGCAGUCCAGUGCUCAUGUGUCUGCAGCUUACAGAGGAACAAGUCUCUUACAGAGAAAUUUUCACGGUCUCUGAAUCGUCUGCAAACCACAUUGCUACUGUUCGCAAAGGGAGACAUAACAUCAUCCCUGGACGUGAAGUACCCUUGCAUCAAGCCAACUCAGAAAUGUGCAAAAUCUUGCUUUCAGAGACAAUGAAACAAUAAAACCUACAAGUUUG